AUGGGCCAGAUGGCAGGCGACCUUGGCUGGCGGCUCAGCCUUUUGCUGCUCUCCUUGCUCCUGGCUCGAGCUGGUGUCUGGGGAUUCCCGAGGCCCCCAGGGAGGCCCCUCCGGAGCCUGCAGGAGUUGCAGAGGGAGUUCAAGGUCAGCCUGCAUCUCGCCAGGAAGCUGCUCUCCGAGGUUCGGGUCCAGGCCCGUGACUUUGCUGAAUCUCACCUGCCAGGAGUGAACCUGGACCUUCUGCCCCUGGGAGAGCAGCUCCCCAACGUUUCCCUGACCUUCCAGGCCUGGCGUGGCCUCUCUGACCCAGAAAGACUCCGCUUCCUCUCCAUGACACUUCACCCCUUCCAUACCCUGUUGGGAGGGCUGGGGAGGCAGGGGUUCUGGACCAGUUCAGAGAGGUUGCAACUGUGGGCCAUGAGGCUGGAUCUCCGAGAUUUGCAGCAGCAUCUCCACUUCCAGGUGCUGGCUGCAGGAUUCAACCUGCCUGAGGAGGAGGAGAAUGAGGAGGGGGAGGGGCUGCUCCCAGGGGCUCUGGGCGGCCCCUUGCAGAUGUCAGCCCAGGUGUCCUGGCCCCAGCUCCUCUACACCUACCAGUCGCUACACUCCUUGGAAAUUGUCUUGUCUCGGGCGGUGAGGGACUUGCUGCUGCUUUCCCAGGCCGGGAACUCAGCCCAGGCCUUGGGGUUCCCCACACCCAGCUCCCAGCCCUGA